UCCACUUCUUUGGAAGUUUAAUUAACGGAGAUGGAGUACGUGAACCCCGAAGGUCUUCGCUUAGAUGGUCGCCGUCCAUUAGAGAUGAGGCAGCUGCGUGCGGAAAUAGGGGUGGUUGCCAGAGCUGAUGGCUCUGCUGUUUUUGAGAUGGGAAAUACUAAAGUUAUUGCUGCUAUAUACGGUCCCAGAGAGGUCCAAAAUAAAAGCCAACAAAUAAAUGAUCAAGCAGUGGUGCGCUGUGAGUAUAGCAUGGCUAAUUUCAGCACUGGUGAUCGCAUGAGGAAACCAAAGCAUGAUAGGAGAUCCACGGAGAUAUCACUGGUUAUUCGGCAAACUAUGGAAGCUUGCAUAUUGACACAUCUAAUGCCACGUUCUCAGAUUGAUAUUUUUGUCCAAGUUCUUCAGGCUGAUGGAGGAACAAGGUCGGCUUGUAUAAAUGCUGCAACUUUGGCACUUGCUGAUGCUGGAAUUCCAAUGCGUGAUCUUGUUACUUCCUGCGCUGCCGGAUACCUUAAUACUACUCCUCUUCUUGAUCUCAGCUAUGUUGAAGAUAGUGCUGGAGGCCCUGAUGUCACAGUUGGAAUUCUACCAAAGUUGGACAAAGUGACCCUUCUUCAGAUGGAUGCUAAAUUACCACUGGAUACAUUUGAAACUGUCAUGCAACUUGCUAUAGAAGGCUGCAAAGCAGUGGCAAACUACAUUCGCGAAAUAUUACUUGAAAACACUAAGCAAUUAGAGUUCCGCAGGGGUGUAUAGUUCACUAUGUAAAUCGCAGGACUAUGAAGAUCCAUCACUUGUUACUGGACUUGUGCAGGUAUAGCAAUGGAGCUCAGCCCCUAACAAUGAGAUUCUGCCCAUUGUUGUGAAUCUAUUGACACAGCUUAUUGGAUGGAAGUUGUCACUAUUUAGGAUUCACAAUGCUUUUUCUUCCUCCAAAAUAUAGGAAUCAGCUCCCAAUCUAGCGCUGGCUUGACUUCUCUUUGAUCUUUUUGUACAUGGCAUGGCGUGGGCAGGAUUCUCAGUUACUCUGCGUCCAAGAGAAACUGUCCAAAGUGUUCGAGCAUUAACUGCAUUAGAAAUAGUUUGAUAUGCAUGUACGUUAGCCAUGACCUUAUGGUCCAAACAUUUUUUCAUGGCUUGCUUUUGUUAUCUACUUUAGGUUUUUCUUCUUUUUUUUUUUUUUAGGGGUUUAUUGAUGUUGUGAAUUUCUUUUCUAAGUUCAAAUAUAUUGCUGCUUUUCUUGAGAA